AGAGCUUCGUUACCGUUAGCGACGCUACUACCCUUUAUUGUGUGUUUGUUAAGUAGCCGAACUUAUUUUCCGAUUGUGACACGCCGGUGGUGUGAUUAUGAUCCCUUACGCAGGUGAUCUCCUCGGCGGCAGAUGGCAGUAGAGAGUCGAUGUACUGACACUGACUGCAGACAAAGACAGAGAGAGAGACACACACAAACAACAUACGACCAUAGACAGUAAACGACCCACCGAGAGCAGUCACACCGAGCAGCUCUGAUAUCUCUCUCUCUCUCUCUCUCUCUCUCUGUGUGUGUGUGUGUGUGCCUGCACAGAUUAAAGUCACUGGUAUCCUGCCGGAGCUGGUCUGUGCUUCUCAUGGGUGCAUCUGUGUGCCGGGCCGGCCGCUCGCUCCUGUCCCGUCACGGCAGGGCCGGUCACAAGGGCUCUCUGAUGGGGGGGGAUGACUCUCUGGACGGUCUGGACAGACAGGAGGACAUCGCCCAGUUCCCGUACGUGGAGUUCACGGGCCAAGACAGCAUCACCUGUCCGACCUGCCAGGGGUCCGGACGCAUCCCCUCAGGGCAGAUGAAUGAGUUAGUGGCUCUGAUCCCCUACAGCGAUCAAAGGUUACAGCCGAGGAGAACGAAGUUGUAUGUGGUGCUGUCAGUGAUUUUGUGUCUGCUGGCGUCGUCUUUGGUGGCGUUCUUCCUGUUUCCACGUCCUGUGCUGGUUGUUGAUGAUGGCAUUCGCUCUGUGACCGUGCACUUUGACCGUAACAACAGCAAAGUGAUCAUCAACAUGACGAGCUCUCUGAACUUCACCAACUCUAAUUUCUUCACGGUGUUGGUGGACAGCGUGAGCUGCCAGGUGCUCUACAUGAAGACGGUCAUCGGCUCUCGACAGCUGGACAACAUCAUCCACAUCCAGCCUCUCAGCCAGAGACAGGUCAACUUCACCGUCAGUAUGGAGAUCGGAGGAAGUCUCUCUUACGUUUAUGCCUUUUGCACCAUGGCAAGCAUCAAGGUCCACAACAUUGUGGUGUUUCUCCAGACCUCUGUGAAAACCUCCUACAUGGUGCGGGCGGCACAGAACACGCUGGAAGCGUACCGCUACAUCGACUGUGGCGCCAACUCCACCAUCCACCAGCCGUCAGGACUGGUGUGGUCUAAACCUCACCUCCCUCCGGACGGGAAACGGCUCCGGUGAAGCAUCGGCCGGCGGACGCUCUGAAACCACGUGGCAUUUCAUCAGUUUGACUGCAGAUUUUGUGCUGCACUGAAUCUAAACUCAUUGAACAGAGCAGCUGUGACGUGAGAUUGUGUGAUAACUACUAAUUGAAAAACAAAGUCUUAAGCUGUAAUGUUAAUCUAUAGUCUAAUAAGGGUGUUAUAUAAUUCUGCAGUGAUUGAUAAAAAAGGAGAUGUCAUUCAUGGGUUGGCAAUGAUGAGGUGCACUUUGAUGUGUGAAGCUGUUCUGUGAAAUAUUUUGUACAUUUUUGAUUAAGUCUUAUGCAAAGACCAAGAGUCAGAUCAAGUGACAUGCAUGUGUGUAUGUUCUCACGGGGUUUGGUUUGUUGUGAAGUGAAAACUGUUCAGACUGCAGUGUGGUACUGAGAAUGAGGGAACGGUUACAAAACAGCAGUUUGCUUCUGUGAUGCCACGAAAACUGAGGACAUCAGAUGUACAAUAGCAGGAUGUUUUGUUCUCACUCAAACAUUGUUUUUACCACUAGAAUCAGCUUACUGGUUUAAAAAAAAGGUACAAAAGCUAUUCUUGGGUUGGUAUCCUUUCAAAAUGUACUAAUAUAGGGACUAAUGUGUACAUGUUUGGUGCUAAUGUACCGACAUGCAUGUUUUACAGGUAAAAGAGAUGCAAAGGUGUUCUUU